AUGUCAUCCACAAGCACUACGCCAUUAUCUUCCUUAGUGUCUCUAGAUACACUAUUUACAAAUCCCGUCUUUGCCGGUGGUAUAGGACUUGGUGGGUUAGCAGCAGCAACUGCAGUCCUUCGCCGCUGGACAAUUAAGAGUGUAUCUCUUUUAAAGCGCCGCCUACUAGUUAAUUUAGAAAUCAGCAAACAGGAUCAAUCUUACCAGUGGAUCCUUGCAUGGCUGACGUUGAAUCGAUCGACAGGUGGCCGAUUUACAAAACAGCUCACGCGCAUUAACCAACUAUCAAUGCGAACUGUCGCAGCCUCAGCGGAAAAACCGGCGCGAUUUUUAGCCCAGCCUGGUUAUGGAAGACAUAUCCUGAAAUAUCAAAAUGCUUUUGUAUCGGUUAAUCGCAUGAAAGAUGGAAAAAGCUUCAAUCAUUCGACAGGGGAACCUCACGAAACAAUUACUCUUACGACUCUAUACGCUCAUCGCCACAUAUUUGAAGAUAUAUUUUCCGAGGCUCACAAGCUGCAACAAUUAGAACAGCAGGGAAAGACCAUGAUGCUAGUACCGCGGGGUAUGGACUGGGUCCCAUUCGGUGCACCCCGGCGGAAGCGACCGCUAGAUUCAGUGAUUCUUGACCAAGGUCUUAAAAUGAAGAUUCUAUCAGACGUCAGAGAAUUUUUAGACCGCCAGCAGUGGUACGUGAACCGUGGUAUACCAUACCGAAGAGGUUAUUUACUAUAUGGGCUGCCUGGAAGUGGAAAAAGCUCAUUUAUCCAAGCCUUAGCAGGAGAGAUCGACUUCAACAUUGCUAUGAUCAACUUAAGCACCAAAGGUAUUACGGAUGAUAAAUUAGCAGACCUUCUCUCUAGAAUCCCGCCCAAAACAAUUUUGUUACUCGAAGAUUCAGAUGCUGCAUUUAUAAACAGAAGACAAGUUGAAUCAGACGGUUACAACGGCCAAACUGUCACAUUUUCUGGCUUGUUGAAUGCUCUUGAUGGUAUUACAGCUGGCGAGGAACGGAUAACUUUUCUAACGACAAAUCAUAUCGAUCGUUUAGACCAAGCCUUGAUCAGACCAGGAAGAGUAGAUAUGACAGUGAGAAUUGGGGAGGCAUCAAGAUAUCAAGCUUCGGAAAUGUGGACUCGAUUUUAUGGAGAUGUCGACCGUGAUUCUACAGAACGUGAAAGGUUCCUUCAAAAGCUUGAGGAUCUCAAACUCAUAUCAGACGCAAAGAACGAAAUAAAGCCUGAAUUUCAGACAAGCACUGCAGCUAUACAAGGCUUAUUCCUAUUUAAUAAAGACAAUAUGUAUGGGGCAAUCGAGCAAGCUGAAGGGCUUAUUCCAAGGAUAUACCAACCAGAAGUACCGGCGGGUAUAAAAAUAGCCGCAUAG